AUGAUCGGUCUUACAUCCCUAAGCCUUGACAGAAACAACUUGACAGGGAGUAUUUCUUCUGAGAUUGGUAAGCUUAAACAACUCCAAGGGUUGUAUCUAGAUAACAAUAAAUUGCAGGGACUUAUUACAGAGGCCGUAGUAUUCCUAUGUCUUUGGAAAAACACUCUUAAAAGCAUUAAUGUUUCAUUUAAUAAUUUAGAAGGUAAAAUACCGAGUGGUGGCGUGUUUGCAAAUUCCACUUUGCAAUCAUUUCUAGGGAACAAAGGUCUUUGCGGAAUGCACAUAUUGGAGAUUCCUUCUUGUGCUAUCACUAAUCCUGGAAAACAAUCAAAGUAUAAGGAGGUUGUGCUCAAAUUUGUUACUCCAGUGGUUAUUGCAUCCUUUCUUAUAUUCUUGUUGGUUUCAAUUUGGAUAAUGAAACGACAGAAGAAAGGAAAGUCUAAAGAUGUUGAAAAGGUACCAGAGAUCGGGACUCAUCAAUUAGUUUCUUAUCACGAGAUUCAACGAGCAACAAAUAAUUUUGAUGAAUCCAAUUUAAUUGGAGAGGGAAGCUCUGGCUCUGUGUACAAAGGCACAUUGUUUGGUGGAACUGCAGUGGCCAUUAAGGUUCUAUAUUUGGAAAAUGAGCAAGUAUGCAAGAGGUUUGAUACUGAAUGUGAAGUGAUGAGAAAUGUUAGACACAGAAAUCAUGUUCCAGUGAUUACUACAUGUUCUAGUGACUUUAUAAGAGCCUUUGUUCUGCAAUUUAUGCCCAAUGGAAGUCUAGAAAAUUGGCUGUACAAAGAAGAUCGCCACUUGAACCUUCAUCAAAGGGUCACUGUAAUGCUUGAUGCAGCUAUGGCAGUUGAAUAUCUACAUCAUGGUCAUGUCACUCCAAUAGUUCAUUGCGACCUAAAGCUAGCCAACAUUCUUUUGGAUGAAGAUAUGGUGGCUCAUGUUGGUGAUUUUGGAAUCUCUAAAAUUUUAGCCAUAAGCAAGUUCAUGGCUUAUACCGAGACAUUGGGCACUCUUGGAUACAUUGCACCAGAUAUAAAAAAAUCUACUCUCUUUGAUUUUCUCUUAUAUCAUAAUUAAGCCUCUCCAAAUUCUAGAAGUAAAAAAAACAAGUUUUCAUUUAUGCAGAAUUAUUGUUGUAUUUCAAUUGAGUAACUUUUCUUCAAUCCUUUUCUAAGAAUAUGGCUCGGAGGGAAUAGUGUCUGCUAGUGGUGAUGUUUAUAGCUAUGGAUGGCAUCAUG